AUGGCCUUAAACGACGACAAGAAGCCUGCCGUGACUGGGCAAUCAGAGCCCCUUGACUAUUACCCACCAGAAGAGAUGGACGAAGACGAAGAGCUCUUUUGCCAGUACAUGGACUGCAUCCCCGACAACAGCCUGGGCAUCUGGUACCCACGAACCAGCGACGCCUUUCUCCAGUGGGUGAACGAUCACCGGCGCGGAGGGUGGCACAGGCCAGCCACGCGCGCCGAGGCCCAGGGGUUCGCCGCCGCCGAGCAGGAUCGGCACCGGCACAACAUCCCCGCCGACACGCGGAGCUUCAAGGUGAGACUGGAGCUCAGCAAGAGGGCUGGGCAGCAAUGUUGUCAACAGCAGUGUUGCCUGCACAAGCCGGGCCAGCCGAGUAAGCUUAGGCAAGAGAUAGUGCCUGACGAGGCUGAGGUUGAGAGCGGCGGCCAGAGUGAUGAUGGAGGUGCGUUGGCCUCGGUGGCUGCUGAGGCGGCGUUGGAGAAUGCGUCCGGUGGACUGAAAAAAGAGUGA